AUGACGGAGAACAACGACCACGCGCUGUUUCGGAAUCUCAAUUAUAAAUCCGACACCGAGUACGUCGUAAAAGUGGCCAAGACUCUAUUAACGCCCGUCGGUAUCUGGCCGCUCUACCGAGGCAAUUCCACAUCCGACAAGAUCAAGACCUACGUUCAGACAAGCCUAUUAUUCUGUCUGAUGUGCUUUCUGCUGAUUCCGCACGUCAUAUACACCUUCUUCGACGCGGAAGAUCUGACCAGAUACAUGAAAGUAAUAGCUGCGCAGGUGUUCAGUCUGCUGGGCAUCAUCAAAUUCUGGACGAUGAUCAUCAACAGAGAAGGGAUUCGGAACUGUCUGCAACAGAUAGAGAUCCAGUAUCGGGACGUCGAGUGCGAGGAGGAUCGACUGGUGAUGACGAAGAACGCCCGGAUCGGCAGACUUUUCACGGUUACGUAUUUGGGACUGUCGUACGGUGGCGCACUGCCUUACCACAUAAUCAUGCCGCUGCUCCAGGAGAGAAUCGUGAAGGCGGACAACACGACGCAGAUACCUCUGCCGUAUCUCAGCGACUACGUCUUCUUCGUGAUCGAGGACUCGCCGAUGUACGAGAUCCUGUUUGUCUCGCAGAUCAUGAUCAGCAGCAUCAUUCUCUCGACCAACUGCGGUGUUUACAGCCUGAUCGCCAACUGCGUGAUGCACAGCUGCUGCUUGUUCCAGGUCGUGCGCAGGCAAAUGGACACGGCUCUCAGCAACGGGACUGACAAUCUCCAUAAACGAUUCGGCCGAAUAAUCGAGAAUCACAUGGAAGCGAUCAGAUUCGCAGAGAUGAUUGAAAAAUCGUUAAAUAUUGUUUUCUUAUGCGAGAUGGUCGGAUGCACCAUUAUCAUAUGUUUUCUGGAAUUCGGCGUUGUUAAGGAAUGGGAAGACGGGGAGAUCUUACCCAUGAGCACGUAUUUUGUCCUAAUGACGUCGAUAUUUGUAAAUGUUUACAUCAUAUCGGCUAUUGGUGAUCGUCUCAAGGAAGAGUCUAUUUAUUUUCAUGUAAUUACCAAGAGCGAAAAGGUCGGAGAGUCGUCGUAUUUUAUCGAGUGGUACAAUCUGCCGACAAAUAUCGUAGGUGAUUUAAUUUUGAUAAUGAUCAGAUCAGGCCGGCCGUCAACUCUAACUGCCGCGAAGAUAUUCGAUCUCUCCCUGGGAGGAUUCUGUGAAGUUUGCAAAACGUCAGCGGCAUAUUUCAAUUUUAUACGAGCGAUGACCACAUGA